UGAUUAAAAAAAUUCUCUCUGGUUUAUCUCCUUCAUCACCAACCAAUCUCUGGAAAUUUUAAUUUGAACCCAAAACCCUCUUUCUCACACUCACUACUCAGCCCUCACCCUCUAGGUCAAGCACGCACACACGCACCAGUGCACCACCGGCCAACAUCACGGCACCAGCUCGAUCCAGAGACUGAUUACUUGUGAUGGAACACGGGUCGCACUCUGAUGAGAGUAAAUCAACAUUUUCUCUGACAGAUGAGGAUCAUACUUUUGCAAACGCUAUCAGAUACACCUUGAAUCAAGAUCCGAGAGUGACAUUUUGUGGGUACAGCAUUCCUCAUCCUUCAGAUAAUCGUGUCAAUAUUAGAGUCCAAACAACAGGGGAACCAGCCCGUGAGGUGUUAAAAGAUUCAUGUCAGCAUAUGAUGCUUAUGUGCCAGCAUGUUAGGGGCACUUUUGAUAAGGCGGUAAACGACUUUAAAAGCAAAAAGGGUGGGAAGGAUAUGGAUAUCGAUUAGCGUAUUAGUUAAAGUUUUAUGUUUAUUGAAGUUGAUUUUGAUGCGUAUUGCUGGGAAAUUUUUUCAGUACUACUGUAAUACUUACUUCACAUCUUAGAGCAUGAAACAUGGCAUCUCAAAAUUCUGAUAUAUCAUAUAUCAGUCUUUGUUCUAAUAUUAUGAUAUUAUGAUACAAAUAUUAAAUUAAA